AUGGCCACCACAGAACUUGCCGCGACAUACGCCGCCCUCAUCCUCGCCGAUGACGGUAUUGAAAUUACAUCCGACAAAAUCAUUGCUCUGACAAACGCUGCUGGCGUCGAGCUUGAGCCAAUCUGGGCCUCCCUACUCGCCAAGGCUCUCGAGGGCAAGAACGUGAAGGAGCUGCUAUCAAACGUCGGCUCGGGCGGAGGCGCACCCGCCGCUGGUGCACCUGCUGCUGCUGCCGGUGGUGCCGCUGCUGCAGAGGCGCCCAAAGAGGAGGAGAAGGAGGAGGAGAAGGAGGAGUCAGACGACGACAUGAGAGCUCGAAUACCUCACGCUAUGGCAGACGACUAUAAGGCAGCGAAGGAGGCAUUUGUGUCGGGAAUGACAGGGUCGUCCAUUGCCCACGUUAACUGCGUUUCUCUGAUCGCGUUGAUUGGUGUUGCUCUUUACGCUGCCAUACGCACCCGAAUCGCACCGACACGGAACAUCGGAUUUCUGGCGUCAUGGACAAUUCUAGUAUUGCCCAUGUUGCUGAGCAUGACGCUGUCUGCUAUCCAACCAAUCUACUUGAACCUCGUGCUGCUCGUACUGACAAUCGGACUGCUACUUCUCCCAAGACCAGAGAGUGGCACGCCUCUUCCAUCUCGCCAGCCAGCGUCACCUUUAGUGGAGACCAGGUUUCCACAGAAUAGGAUAGGAGGAGCGAGGAUACCCGCACUUCCAGCAUUGACGACAUACAGAGCACAUAUGAUGCUUAUGACGGUGCUGGCAAUUCUCGCGGUCGAUUUUCCUGUGUUUCCAAGGUCAUUGGCGAAGUGUGAGACAUACGGGGUGUCCUUGAUGGAUCUCGGUGUUGGCUCAUUUGUCUUCUCCCAAGGCGUGGUGUCUGCGAUACCACUCGUCAAGGACCCGUAUUAUCUAGGAUCGCCUAUCCUGCCGAAGUUGAAGUCCGUAACGAUGAAGUGUUUGCCCAUCAUCGCGUUGGGAUUGGUCAGGGUAAUACUCGUGAAGGGUACGGAGUAUCCAGAACAUGCCACAGAGUAUGGCGUCCAUUGGAACUUCUUCAUCACCCUGGCCAUUCUUCCAAUCCUCCAGGUCGUUCUCCAUCCCAUAUUCCGGCAUGUUUCAAUAUCCAUGACUGGCGUACUGGUCGCUCUCAUGCAGCAAACUAGCCUCUCCAAGUUCGGCAUGAAAGACUACGUCCUCCUCGCCCCGCGAACUUCCUUAGUCAGCGCCAACAAAGAAGGCAUCGUCUCCCUUACAGGUUACCUCGCAAUCCAGCUACUCGGACUCUCAGUUGGCACGCUCGUCCUGCCGCCAUCUCCCAACCUCUUCAGCCAGCGACAGAGAGCUCCGUCGAGCAACGAUAACAAGGAGCGAAAAAGAAGAGACAGCAACACGUCAAGUAAGGAAUUCGACCUAUCAGCGCCGCGGCAGCUUGGAAAGACGGCUAUUGAGCUGUGCGCCUACAGCAUUGUGUGGUGGAUGGCCCUUGGUGCUACGAAGUUCGUUGGCAUUGGUGGAAACUGGGGCAAGGGAGGGGGUGGUGUGUCGAGGCAGAUGGUGAAUCUUCCCUACAUCCUCUGGGUAGUAGCCUUCAACACCUCCUUCCUGCUCUCAUACAUUGUCGUACUCGACAUCGGGAUCUUCGGCGAGUCAAAAGGGAAGAGUGCAAAGGCGAAGCACCGCCAGAUAACUUCACCAAAGAAGGGCCAGCUUCGGGAUCCCAAAGCAACUUCGCCUGGUAGCUCAGCGCCGCCUUUCUCUCCGUUCAGCCCCAUCUCGCCGUCGACGUCGCCGGCGUAUCUCUCUGUACCCUCGCCUUCCCUCAACCUCGCAGCUACUUCGAUUGGUAACCCGCCUAAGCUGCUGGAAAUGAUAAAUAAGCACGGAUUGAUCAUCUUCCUCCUGGCCAACAUUUUUACAGGUCUGAUCAAUCUUUCGGUCAAGACGAUGUACGUCAAAGAUGGAUGGGCGAUGGUGAUCCUGAGCGGGUAUUCUAUCCUGGUGUGUGCAGUACCAUGGUUUGCUGGCUCGUGGCUAGAGUUUGGAGCUUGGGCGAGAAGCAAGAGCUUGUAA